AUGAGUCAAACGCGCAUUGAAAAUAUGUGCCCCGCAACGCAUCUUCGUGUAAUUUUGCCGUCAGCAAUGGAAGCCAAUAAUAUGCCACCAACUUACAUUGAUAUCAGUGGUCACAACAUGGACAUUCCUCCCCCUCGGCCAGACUUCUCUGCUCCACCACCAUAUGAUGUCGCAGCAAAUUCUAAGCUCCCAACAUAUGAAGAAGUACAGCGUGAAAAGCAAAUGGAAGGGGAGGGACCCCAACUACCAACUCACCCUACAAUAGCUGCAUUUGUGACCAUGGAACCCAGGGAACCAACGGCACAGCAACUCGACCCAGAGAACAAUUUGCUUGGGACUGAUUUCAUGUUCCUGACUUCCUUUUUUGUGGCAUUUCUAUUCAACUGGAUCGGGUUCCUUCUGCUGAUGUGUUUCUGUCACACGGUGGCAAGUCGCUACGGAGCGUUGGCUGGCUUCGGUCUCUCACUCGCCAAGUGGACACUCAUUGUCAAGCACUCGACUGAACUCGCAUCCCACGAGAAUUCCUGGCUCUGGUGGCUCAUUAUGGCUUUUGGUAUCCUAAUCUGUGUUCGUGCAAUCAUUCAGUACCUUAACAUAAAGCGUGGAUGGCGUCUGCUGUCCGGCACGGCUCAAGAGCGACUGCUCUUUUUCUAUUAA